AUGUUCAGAGGCUCUUCUAUUGUAUGUGAUCCCAUGAAAAUUCCUGGAAAAGGGUUUGAUUUGAUAGAAACCACUGAGAAAAGUCAUGCAGAACACACUCAAAACUUUAUCCAGUGGGAUGGAGAGGCUGAUCGGAUUUACGAUAAGUGCUUUGGAAUCAUCUGGGGUCUGGUCCUGGCUAAAGCAUUCACAUUUUGACCAUCACACACUUUCUUGAAAGGAUUGGUUUACACAAACGACUUUUUUCGUGACUGAGGUUGAAUGUGUUUGUUGGGGCAAAACAAAGUUAGUUUAUUUUGAUUAUUAUUAGAGAAAAGGUUUGAUUGGGUGUACCAGAAGAAACUAUCUAUAUUCCUUUGCUUUCUUUCGUUCA